CACAGCGAUCUCUUUGAUUGGCCACACAGAGCACCAAUCAGAAGCAGCCAGAUCUGCCCCCACUUCCCCUGAGAUAGUUUGAAUGACUGUGAUAGCGGAGAGUGCGGGCAGAGCACAAGCUACGGGCACACAUGGCGCACACCGGCCUGUCAAUCACAAUGGGGACCCCUCUGCUCCUCGCCCUGUGUCUGUCCGCUGUGUGUGCCGCCGCAGAGCCCGUGAGCCCGGAGAAGAGCCUGGUGUGGGGUCCCGGGCUGGAAGCCGCCAUCACCCUCCCUGUGCGAUACUUCUACAUCCAGGCGGUGGACGGCGCAGGACACAAGUUCACCUCCUCCCCAGGUAAUGGGAGUAAAUCAUUUAAGGUAACCAUCAGAUCGCUCUCUAACACGGAAUACGUCCGAAUUCACGUACCUGAACCCCUGGAUAGAAAUGACGGCUCUUUCCUGAUGAGGUACCGCAUGUACGGCAGUGUCACUGAGGGUCUGAUUAUUGAAGUCCUGCACGAGGACAAGCAUGUCGCUCAGUCUCCUUAUAUACUGAAAGGGCCUGUUUAUCAUGAAUACUGUGUCUGCCCCGAAGAAGAGCCUGAAGUCUGGUUACAAACUCUGUCAUGCCCCACCAAGGAGUCUCAGAUCUCCAAUGACUUUGCUCCUUUCCCCAGUAUAGACCUGAAUAGAAUGCUGGAGGAAGUUCCUCGGAGGUUUUCCGAACAGCGAGGAGCCAUAGUACAUUACACAGUUCUCGAUAACCAAAUCUAUCGGCGCUCCCUGGGCAAGUACACGGACUUCAAAAUGUUCUCAGAUGAGAUAUUACAGUCUUUGGCAAGAAAGGUACAACUGCCUGAUUUAGAAUUCUAUAUCAAUGUCGGGGACUGGCCGGUUGAACAUAGAAAUGUCAAUGACACCCCUGGGCCACUGCCGAUGAUUUCUUGGUGUGGAUCUACUGACUCCAGAGACAUCAUACUUCCCACAUAUGACAUCACUCACUCCACUUUAGAAACUCUUCGUGGCGUCACCAAUGACCUUCUCUCUAUCCAGGGCCACACCGGUCCUUCCUGGGAAAACAAAACGGAGCAGGCCUUCUUCAGAGGACGGGACAGCCGGGAGGAACGUCUCCAGCUUGCCCGAAUGUCCAAAAAACACCCUGAACUGCUGGAUGCCGGGAUCACUGGAUAUUUCUUCUUCCGGGAGAUGGAGAAACAGCUGGGGAAAGCUUCGCUAGUUGGAUUCUUUGACUUCUUUAAAUACAAGUACCAAGUGAAUCUGGAUGGGACAGUGGCAGCAUACCGAUUCCCCUAUCUCAUGCUGGGCGACAGUGUGGUGCUCAAACAAUCUUCUCCCUACUAUGAACACUUCUACAGUGCGCUACAGCCAGGGAAGCACUAUGUUCCCUUCCAACGCAGCCUGGAAGAUCUCCUAGAAAAGAUACGCUGGGCAAAGGAUAAUGAUGAAGAAGUUAGAAAGAUUGCCAGAGAGGGCCAGACUCUUGCCAGGGAGCUGCUGCAGCCUCACCGCCUCUACUGCUAUUAUUAUAAUGUCUUCCAAACAUAUGCAAAGCGUCAAAUAAGUCGUCCUGAAGUCCGUGAUAAAAUGGAACUCGUUCCUCAGCCAGAUGAUAAUACUGCUAUCUGUAAAUGCCAUAGGAAGAUGAAAAGCAAGGAUGAGCUGUAAUACACGGACCGGAUCCUGCGGU